GGUGAUGAGGGGGGCGAAGGGAGCUCAUUCAUAAUUCAUGAGAUGGGUGGGCAGAGUGCAGAAUGGCAAUGGCACAGACAGAAACUCUAUUACUGAGAUGUUAACUCUGCUCUGCCUCUCCAGAUUCCUGCUAUUUGAUUGACCAAGGAAACAAAAUUGACUGAUUGACCACCAAGGACUUUAUCUGUUUACUGCAUUAACUGGACAUUGGAAUUGUGGAGAAACUCAAUGCAUUGGAGAGUCAUGGAGAUGAUGGGGAAGAGGGAAACCUCUUGUGAUUCCACUUGAAGGAUUAUACUAAUGAAAGGUAAUGCAGAUGUAAUGAGUUAAUGCGUUCUAAUAAGAGGAGGAAAAGUUUUGAUAAUGGUUGUUGAUGAGUUGAUCAAUGAAUCUGAUCAAUGAUCUGUUUUGUUACACUUUGCAUCAUAUAUAUUUAUAAAUAACAGGGUAAAAUAGUAGUGACAUAUUUCUUUGGGAUUCAAGUAAAGCUUCAUAAUGUAGUCCUGUGAAGGAGGCUGGUUUUUCAUAAUGGCUUGAGACUGGAGUUGAUUCCUGGGCAUGUGUUGCGUUGGUGGAUCUAUUGUUUGGAAACAGUGACAAAGAGACUCUGUCAGAGAAUGUGACAGCGCAGACUGUUGAGUGGGACAGAGAUUAAAUACUGCUGUUUGGAAACUAAAUGGCAUUUAAUUUUAUUUUGUUGUUUUGUGCUAGAAAACAUUGUCUUACAAAACAGUUGGUCCCAUAAAUGUAAUGAUAUUUCAUUUCAUUUUAUUUCAUGAAACAUUUGAAUUGCUUAAUCGGUCACUUAUAAAACAGUUUCUAGAUAAGGGCAUCUAGCAGUUCAACAGGAUUGGUGGAGGCCAUUCACUGUAGAGAUGGGGACGCUGGCCAGAUUCACUCUAUUAAUACUGUUAUGGCAAGGAAUGUCUGCCAUCGACGUCCCACUGGAAAGUAAGUCAAUACAACCUAUUGUGUCCCUGCAAGAUGGUGAUAACACUUUACAGUGCUGCAUAUUGUCAAAUACAGUAUGUAAAUUAGUGUACAAUCCUAAUGCAAUCAGGUCUUUAAUUUUGACUUGUCAACCUACAGUCAGACAGCCUCCCACCAUUAUAAAACAGUCGUUGAAGGAUCAUGUCGUGGACCCCAGAGACAACAUGGUCGUUGAGUGUGAAGCCAAAGGCACCCCCCACCCAAUUUUCUCAUGGAGGCGUAAUGGGAAGUAUUUCAAUGUGGCACGGGACCCUCAGGCCUCGAUGAGGAGACGUUCGGGGACGCUGGACAUCUAUGCCUGGGCUGACCCGGAGGCCUAUGAGGGGGAGUACCAGUGUGUUGCCACCAACGAGUAUGGCACUGCAUACUCAAACAAGAUCAACCUACGUAUCUAUAGGUCCCCUCUGUGGCCCAGAGAGGUGUUGGAACCUGUAACGGUGAGUGUUGGUCUCCCUCUGGUCCUGGACUGCAGCCCUCCUCCAGGCCCUCCCAAACCUGAAACCUACUGGAUGAGCAAGUGUUCAUCGGGGAGACCUUUCAACUGGCCUCACCAGCCCCACCCCCCAGUCAUGCUGCCUAUCAAACAAGACCGUAGAGUGUCCAUGGGGGUGAAUGGAGAUCUCUACUUCUCUAAUGUCUACGUCAAUGACUCUGCCACCGACUACUGCUGCAACGCACGCUUCCCCUACAAAAACAUCAUCCAACAGAAGAUGCCUAUAACCGUAAGAGUCCUUACAACCCGCAUGGUGUCUGAGGCCGCCCCCACCUUUCUGUCUCCAGCCGGGAGGUCCAGCUCCCAGACUGUCCUGCAGGGGGAGGAGCUGCUCCUCGAGUGCAUCGCUGCUGGAGUUCCAACCCCUGUCAUCACAUGGACCAAAGAUGGAGAGGAACUGGACACGACCAACAUGAAGGUGAAGAACUACAAGAAGUUACUGCAGAUCCCAAAGGCCACGUUUGAGGACGCUGGUGAAUACACCUGCACUGCCACAAACAAGAUUGGAUACCUGGAACACACCAUCACUGUCCGGAUCAAAGCGGCUCCGUUCUGGUUGGAGAAGCCCAGUAACCUGGUGCUGGCCCCAGAGGAGAAUGCACGCUUAGUGUGCCGCUCUGACGGCAUCCCCCGGCCCAGUAUCCGCUGGUUCAUCAACGGAGAUACAAUCGAGGAUGCUACUCCAGUCCCAAACAGGGAGGUGUCAGGGGACACAAUUACCUUCCGUUCUGUGACUGUGGCAAACACUGGUGUUUACCAGUGCAAUGCCUCUAACCAGUACGGCUACCUGUUUGCCAAUGCCUACAUCAACGUACUGCAUGCAACGCCACGUAUCCUCAGGCCCAGGACUGACCUGGUGAAGGUAAUUGAGGGCAGCCGCGCCUGGCUAGACUGCCGCUAUUUUGGCUCGCCUGUGCCUGAUCUGCGCUGGUCUAAGUUUGGACUGGGAAACCUGGAGGGGAAUCGCUUUAAAGUACACAGCAACGGGACACUACAGAUCAGAGGCACCCGUAUGGAUGACCAGGGGACAUAUCUGUGUAUUGUCAGCAACGUAGCAGGACGAGAUGAAAACCAGGUCAAACUAGAGGUCAAAGAGUCAACCAAAAUUCUCAAACGCCCAGAUAAUAUGAGAGUCCUCCGGGGGACUGAUGUCCGGUUGGAGUGUAAGGCCCAACAUGACCCAACGGUUGCCAUCACCACCACCUGGCUGAAGAACAAGCAGUUCCUCAUCAUAGGCUGGAGGCUGUCGCUGGAUGAAUCAACUCUGGUCAUCACAAACGUCAACAGAGGAGACGAGGGCAAUUACACCUGCAUCAUCAAGACUGAGAUGGACAAAAACACUGCCUCCGCCCGCCUGGUGGUGAUGGAUCGUCCAGACCCCCCUACAAACUUGCAGUUGUCGGACCCCUUCGAGCGCAGCGUCAGGCUUACCUGGACCCCUGGAGAUAGCAAUCACAGUCCUAUCAAAGAAUACCUGGUGCAGUAUGAUGAUGACGACUGGUUACCUUUCAAGUGGAGAAACCUUUCUACGUACCCUGGAAACCUCAACUCUGUCAUUCUGCAACUGUCACCAUUCAUUAUCUAUGAGUUUAGGGUCAUUGCUAUCAAUGACAUUGGUAUGAGUAAACCCAGUCGCUCGUCAGCCAACUUCCAGACUGGUGGAGCACCUCCAGACGCCAUCCCUAAAAACAUCCAAGGAGUGGGAACAUGGAGAAACAACAUGAUGAUCAGCUGGGAGGCACUAAACAACAGAGAGUGGAACGGGCCCCACUUAAAGUAUUUGGUGUGGUGGAAACGGAGGGAUUCCAGGGAGGAGUGGAAAAAUGCUACCACUUGGUGGUGUAAAUACUACAUCUAUGACACAGACACCUUCACACCCUAUGAGAUAAAGGUCCAGGCUGUCAAUGACUUUGGGCUGGGCCCAGAGUCCCCUGUCAUCAUAGGCUACUCUGGAGAAGACCGUCCCACUGCUGCCCCCCUCAACCUGCGUGUGUCCAGGAUAGAGGCCACUAAGGUCACCGUGCACUGGGACCCCGUGGCUCGCAGCAGCAUCAUGGGAGAACUGAAGGAAUACAAGGUAUACUUCUGGCGAGAUAGUAGCCAGCUGAGGUGGCUGAGUGUGAGCAGGGCCAUGAAGUCUAAAGCCUUUCCAGCCAGUGGGCCGCGUCUCUCUGGUGUGCUGCCGGGACUCAUCCCUUACAGCAACUACAAGAUGUACAUAGUGGUGGCCAACAACCGAUACGAGGGACAUCCCAGUAACACCAUAGAGUUUUCCACUCCAGAGGGAACACCCUCUGCUCCAAGAUCCUUCCGAAUCCAGCAGAGACAUUUGGACACGAUCUGGGUGGACUGGGACACUCCUGCAGAGCCCAAUGGCAUCGUCACCGGAUACAUACUCAAAUAUCAGACAGUGAACGCAACUCAGGGGGAGGAAUUGCGUGUUGAGGAAUUUCCCCCAAACACCACCAGUUUUGCUGUGCGCCGAUAUGAUCGCUACACCCGCUAUAGGUUUACCAUAGCAGCACAGACUAGAAUCGGGGUAGGAGAGUGGUACACAGAGGAAUCACCCCAUUAUACAACUGAAGCUAAUGCUCGGGAGCAGGUGGACCUCUCCACUCAGGGCUGGGUCAUUGGUGUGAUGUGUGCUGUGGCCCUCUUCGUGCUCAUCCUGCUGGUCGUCUGCUUUAUCAAGAGGAGCCGAGGGGGCAAAUACCCAGUACGGGACAAGAAAGAAGUGACAUUGGAGCCAGUGGAUGACAAAGAUCAGGAGGGAUCAUUUGACUAUCGGUCUCUGGAAAGGAUAAGUCGUGUCACCACCAUUCCGUACUCUGCCCGACGGGAGGAAGAGACUAAAGUUGGCAGGGGCCAGACGACAGUAGACACCAUGAUGAAACGGACGGAUAGUGACGACAGUCUGGUGGACUAUGGUGAUGGACGGGAGAUUGAGUUCAACGAGGACGGCUCCUUCAUUGGCCAAUACACUGGACACAAGGAGAGGGAUGACAGAGACACAGAGUUCAGUGAUAGCAGGAGCCAGGAAGCACACUCCCCGAUGGCCCACUCCCCCAUGAGCCCCAUCUACUCAUUUGCAUAAGGAAACAAGACGUACAAUGGGUGUUACACUCAACUAGCACCUGUAUAAACAGUUGUAUACGCGACUCAGACUGGGUCCGGAAUGCCCACUGCCCAUUAACUGGGGACACAGGUGUUUCCAAGCAAAUCCACCAUCUUCUUCAAUCCAGGCACACAAGAUGAUGUGGUUGGAGCCUGGUAGUGUUCCUUUAUUCUCAUGCUCUGCAUUGACACUGGGUUGGUGCUGUAAAUGCAAUACAGCAGCAAUUUAACAAAAAGAUGAAGGUUACAGUUAGUCUGGUUACAGUUACGUUUAUGAAGUUGUGAGAAGUACAUGCUUUUCAAGUGUAUUUUGUGGGUGUGGAAGUGCGUGCGUACAUACAUGUGGGUGUGGAAGUGCGUGCGUACAUGCAUGUUGAUGUGGGUGUGGAAUAUUUCUACUAAUGGAGAGAUAUUGACUGCACAUUAGGCAGAGGGAUACAUUGAUACGUUUAUCAUGUUGAUAAAAGCAGUGACACCUGGUAGAGGAACUAUUUAUAUGAUAAUUAUCAUUUAUAUGAUGAUUUAUAUGACAGUGGGAGAAAAAUCUUAAUUAACUAUUCACUGCCAAGUCACUGGUUUCGGCCUGGCAGGAUUGCUAAGUGUCUUUUUAACUUUAUCUCUACCUGAUGGCAGGAAAUAUGAUACCACCUUUAGGGCUCUGUGCCCUUGACUUGUUUGUAUGUUGCUUUGUCUAAACAUUGAUCUGUGAAUCUUGGCUGAUGUUGUAAUUGGUAUGUUGACACAUUGUCAUUGUGUACAUACCUUUCAGGACUGUGGGCUGCUUCAACAUCUUUCAAAGAUAGGCAGAUGUCAUCUGUAGCCUUAAAUGUCUGGACAGCAAAUUGUCUACUUUUGGGUGUGAGCAGGAAGCGUAAACACAGACGUAAACAUAUCCCUAAUCAAUGUCUCUGGGACCAUACUGUACCUUGUUUCCCCCUGCGCACUUUCAUUUGUAUGAGGAGUUUGUGUAAUUGUAAUGUAUUUAGAAGUUGUAAAUGCUAUGAUAUGAUUUAAUCAUUUAUUUUCUUUCUGCUAAUCAUUAAUGUUCCUUGUGAUUUUGACAAUAUUAACUGAUAAAUGUACCUUAUACUCACGGUCCUCUAAUGAAUACACAAAUAGAUUAAAACACUGUUCUAAUUACAUGAAAUGCUCAAGGUCAGCUGCAUAUUUCCAUCAUAAAUAAUAGUGUUGAAAGUACAAUAUGGAGGAGCAGCAGUACAGUUUAAUCAUGUUCUCAAAUGAUAUGGUGCACACGGCAUACUGUAAUUAACCUUCCAGUCAGGGACUGGUUUUUUUAACUGUACAUUAUGUCUCUCCCCUUAAUAUCCCGGAAGGUAGCUUAGUGGUUAAGAGCGUUGUGCCAGUAACUGAAAGGUCGCUGGUUCUAAUCCCCGAGCCGACUAUGUG